AUGGCGAAUGAUCUUCAAUAUGCCGCUACUCAGGUUGCUCCCUACUUGCUGGCAGUUGCUGGUCGUCUUUGUUACAUCGGGGCUUAUUUAGCAGAGUUGGCUGCUGUUAAAUCCGAGCAUAACGAGCUUGUGGAGAAGGUCCAAAAUUUGGAAUCAGAGAAAGAAGCAUUUGUGGAGCGUUUGGAACUACGAGACGAUCAAUUCACCUCUAAGGUCUCGAGGAGGAAAAGCUUGGAGGUUGAUUUAGCGUUGGUUCUCCAGAAGGGAGUGGUUCGGGUGGUGGAUCGUGUUAUUAAGAGCAGUGAAUUCGCGCUUAGGAUUCGUCGAGUGAAGGCGGCGUAUGUGGCUGCUAGUGUUGAGAAGGGAAAGCAGGUGGCAUGCACGCAGUCGGUUGGUAAUAGCCCUGGCUCGUCUAAUCCGGACACUGUGGCACAAUCUAUUGAUACAAUGCAUGCUGCAAUUAGGGCUUUUGCCGAGACGGAUUUCAUGUCCUACCUCCAUUUCGGUGCUCGACCUUCCUGA